UGUGCGUGCGUUUUGGGGCGUCGGGGGCGCGUCCUGUCGCCGUCGGGCUAGUCCAGAGCAGCCAGGAAGCCGAAAUGUCGCCCGAAGUGGCCUUGAAUCGGAUUUCUCCGAUGCUUUCGCCGUUCAUAUCCAGCGUGGUCAAGAACGGGAAAGUCGGGUUGGAUGCUACGAACUGUUUGAGGAUAACAGACCUGAAAUCCGGCUGCACAUCAUUGACUCCUGGACCCAGCUGUGACCGAUUUAAAUUACACAUUCCAUAUGCUGGGGAAACACUAAAAUGGGAUAUAAUUUUCAAUGCUCAUUACCCGGAGCUGCCCCCAGAUUUUAUCUUUGGAGAGGAUGCGGAAUUUUUGCCAGAUCCCUCUGCCUUGCACAGUUUAGCCUCCUGGAAUCCUUCCAACCCCGAAUGCCUUCUGAUGGUGGUGAAGGAAUUGGUGCAGCAGUAUCAUCUGUUCCAGUGCGGCAGGCUCCGAGAGAGCUCUCGACUCAUGUUUGAAUAUCAGACCUUACUUGAGGAACCACAGUAUGGGGAAAACAUGGAAAUUUAUGCUGGCAAAAAGAACAAUUGGACCGGUGAAUUCUCAGCUCGCUUUCUUUUGAAGUUGCCAGUGGAUUUCAGCAACAUUCCCACAUACCUCCUCAAGGAUGCAAACGAAGACCCAGGGGAGGACGUGGCCCUCCUUUCGGUGUCCUUUGAGGAUGCAGAAGCUACUCAGGUGUUCCCCAAGCUUUACCUGUCUCCCCGUAUCGAACAUGCUCUUGGAGGCUCCUCUGCUCUUCACAUCCCAGCCUUUCCAGGAGGAGGAUGUCUAAUUGAUUAUGUCCCGCAAGUGUGCCAGCUACUAACCAACAAGGUGCAGUAUGUUAUUCAGGGCUAUCAUAAAAGAAGAGAGUACAUUGCAGCUUUCCUAAGUCACUUUGGAACAGGCGUCGUGGAAUACGAUGCAGAAGGCUUCACAAAACUCACCCUGCUGCUAAUGUGGAAAGAUUUUUGUUUUCUCGUUCACAUUGACCUGCCCCUGUAUUUUCCUCGAGAUCAGCCCACUCUGACAUUUCAGUCGGUCUAUCACUUCACCAACAGUGGACAGCUCUACUCCCAGGCCCAGAAAAACUAUCCCUACAGCCCACGCUGGGAUGGUAACGAGAUGGCGAAGCGAGCAAAGUCUUAUUUCAAAACCUUUGUCCCCCAGUUCCAGGAGGCAGCCUUUGCCAAUGGAAAGCUCUAGGAAACACCAGGUCCGGAGAGGAUGCCAGCCAGACUUCUCCGUCCGCAUGCGUGUCAGCGCACAAGACAAUUUCCUGGAAGCUGCUUGGAAGGUCUUCAUGGGAGCUUUUUGCCUCCGCGGCGGCUUUUGAUCACCACAGACAUUAACUCUUGUCUAGAACAAAACUCAUCCUGAUUAAUGUAACCUGAAUAUUUCCUCCUCCGCCGUUCGCUUCUCCGUUUCAAUUUUCUUUCUUCGGUCAGAGGAAAUUAAAAAUCACGGCAUUAAGUUGAA